AUGAAGGAUAAAAGAAGACAUAAUCAUAUAGGCCCGAUCAAUUCUUCGAGAGGUAAUUUAAACUCAGUUAGUGAAAUCAAGGAGGAAGUAGUGCGCCAUUUAUCUAACAAAUUCGGCAUAGUAGAGGAAGCAAAUCCGCUAUUAGAUGGUAUCUGUUUUGAUAUGAUUAAUGAGGAGGAUUGUCGGUGGCUUGAAAGAUCUUUCGAAGAGGUUGAAAUCAAAGAAGCUAUAUGGGGUUGUGAUGGAUCUAAAAUUCCGGGACCAGAUGGUGGAGAGCUUUCUAAGGUGAUUUCUUCUUCUUUUUUGGCAUUGGUCCCUAAUUCUUCCAAUCCUUUAUCGUUGGAUGAAUAUAGGCCCAUUUGCUUGGUGGGAUGUAUGUAUAAAGUGCUAACAAAAAAUUUUGCGGGAAGAUUGAAAAGGGUUUUGAAUUCCAUAAUCUCUUAUAACCAAAGUGCUUUUGUUCCAGAGAGACAACUUCUAGACGGCGUUCUUGUGGCUAAUGAAGUGGUUGAUUAUUCUAGAAAGGAGGGGGCACCUUGCAUUCUCUUCAAAGUUGAUUCCGAAAAAACGUAUGAUAGUGUCUCUUGGAACUUUCUUCGUUAUAUUCUAGUUAGGAUGGGGUUUGGAGAAAGAUGGAGGAAGUGGAUGGAGAUUCUUAUUUUCAAAAGAAACAUGUCGGUGUUAGUCAAUGGUAGUCCUACGACGGAAUUUGUGGUCAAGAGAGGGUUGCGUCAAGAGUUCCUUAUCGCCUUGUCUCUUUGUUUUAGUGACGGAGGCUCUAACGAGGUUGGUUCACAAAUUGAUUGA